GCCACCAGCACCUGGUCAGAUAGCUACCUUUUGCCUAGGCCAGCCUCAGACCGAGAUCAUUUUAUCUCUGCCUCCCAAAUAGCUGGGAUUAUAGGCAUUAACAACCACUCCUGGUCCCUUCAACUUACCUCUUUAACGACAGUGCCCAGAAGGAUUGAGUGAAUGCAAGUUAUUAUGAGAAAUGAACUUGUGUCAAAGAGAUGAACAUAGACAUGAGGCUCCCUGGGAUCAGAAAAGGCCAGAAACCCAGGCAGCCUCCUAUUGCUACUUUCACCUCUCUCACUGGAGGUGUCUUCCUGAGGGAGGAAUUUGGUGACUAGAUGAGGCCAAGAACUUUCCCUCAAAAACCAGUUUGCCAGGGCCAGGGAUGUAGCUCAGUGGUACAGCACUAGCCUAGUAUGGAUGAGGGACCCUAGGUUCUAUCCCUUUGCUGCAAAAACAAAUAAAACCAGCCAAACAAACAAACAAAAAACAAGGCAGGCAUGGUGGUACAUGCCCGUAAUCCAAGCUAGUCAGGAGGCAGAGGUGAGAAGAUCACUGUCCAAGGUCACCUGGGCAAAAGUGGGAGACCUACCUGAAAAGCAAACUAAAAGCCAAAGGACUAGAGACAUGGCUCAAGAGAUAGAGUGCUUGCCUACUAAGUGUGAAGCCCUGAGUUCGAUCACCAGUACUGCCAAUAAACAAACAAACAAACUAGGCUGUCAGCUUCAGGCCUCUCCAGUUGAGGAAGCCAUGCAGGGAUCAACCUGAGACUUGUCUCCUAGGGAGAAAAUGUGUUCUUCUUGGUGACCAACUUCCUUGUGACGCCAGCACAAGUUCAGGGCAGAUGCCCAGAGCACCCCUCUGUUCCACUGGCUAACUGUUGGGCGGACGAGGACUGCCCUGAAGGGGAGACGGGGACACAUAGCCAUGGCCCUGUGGACAUCUGAGGGCCUGGAGUUCAUUUUGUGUUUUCAAGGCAUAAAAACAGGUCAGUGUGUGGUAUUCAACACGACCCACAAUACUUGUGAGAUCCGGAGCUGGUGCCCAGUGGAGAGUGGUUCUGCACCCACGAGGCCUCUGCUGGCUCAGGCCACGAACUUCACACUGUUCAUCAAAAACACUGUCACCUUCAGCAAGUUCAAUUUCUCCAAGACCAAUGCCUUAGACACCUGGGAUGCUACCUAUUUCAAGCACUGUCGCUACGAUCCACACUCGAAUCCUUACUGCCCCGUAUUCCGCAUUGGUGACCUCGUGACUGCAGCUGGAGGAGACUUCAAUGAUUUGGCCUUGCUGAGAUGUGCUGUGUGCAGGGUGGCGCUGUGGGCAUCAGUGUCAACUGGGAUUGUGACCUGGAUGACGGGGGCUCUGACUGCUGGCCCCACUACUCUUUCCAGCUGCAGGAGAGGGGCUACAACUUCAGGACAGCCAGUCACUGGUGGGAGGCCUCAGGUGUGGAGACACGCAGCCUGCUCAAGCUGUAUGGAAUCCGCUUCGAUAUCCUCGUUACUGGGCAGGCAGGGAAGUUCGGGCUCAUACCUACAGCCAUCACAGUGGGCACUGGCGCAGCCUGGCUGGGUGUGGUCACCUUCCUCUGUGACCUGCUGCUGCUGUAUGUGGAUAGAGAAGCCCAUUUCUACUGGAGGACAAAGUAUGAGGAAGCAAAAGCCCCAAAGACGACCAGCAACCCUGCAUGGACCAAACCAAACCAGCUUUGACACCCACGAGCCAGGAUUCCCAACUAUCUUUGUGUCAGCGCCUGCCCCCACAUCCGCUACUGCUGGCAUCCUGACACCAAUGCAAAGUGGCCCUGUCUGUGUUCUGACACCCACUUGCCUGCUUGUCCCUGAGGACUGUAGUCAUUCCUGCUGUGGCGUAGGAAGGGUGAGAGUCCUGACCUGGGAAACUCAAGGAUGAAGCCCAGCAGGACUGGAGAGGGGACAGGGGGAGAACUUCACCCUUGGGUUCCCAGGCAGACUGUCCUUUUUGGGUCCAGUCUUGCCAGGGUGCUAUCUGGUGGGGGGAACGCAGAAGCCAGUUUAGCUUAGAGACAUGUACAGACACAUGAACCAGGGAGGUGGAGAGCACCAAGCGCUCUCUCCAGCUGUUCAGCCUAUGAACACUUGCUACUUCUUGUAGGCUCUGGCUCUGGAAUCCUCCUGCAAGGUCCUGAGUCCUGACUAAUGGAGACUUUUCUUAUGUCUGGGGUCAAUGGUCAAGAUGGGAGGGACAGGGCUGUAGGAGGCAAGUCCCCUUCCCCCUUGGUCCCAGGCUAGGAUAGGGAUUUGGGAAUACCACCUCCUAGAGAGGUACGGGGCUGCUUUCAUAUGGGUGCCUGAUCAUCAGGGGUGUGCUGGGGCUGAAGCUGGCCGACCAUCUAAAAUAAUCUUGCAUCCAGAGCUGUAGUAAAGUCUUUGGGGUCCUUGAUGCCUCUCAACACCCGGCAGUGAUGUCCAUGGAGAGGUGGGCUCUGAAGGGCUAGAGUGAGAAGGCAUGGACCACAGUCCUGGUGGUUGGAAGUGGGUCACAUGUACCUGAUCGUUCCCAGGAUCCACAGAAAGCUGAUGUCACUACUGGAGUAAAGCUUUUGAAAGUCAGCAGCUUCCAGGGAUGUCCUUACAGGGAGGGAUGGAAGGGGGAGGUGACUACAGUGGACAUAGCCCAGUCAUGGGGACCUCACAGUGUGUGUGUGGGUAGAGCAUGGGCCUAAGGUUUUUCUUGGAACUCUCUCUUCCUUUGACUGGGGCCCCAGAGCCAAGUGGGCUGGAAGUUAGCGGGGCAAGCCCAGGCACCAGGGUACCUUGCACAACCAUGUAUAGUUGCUAAUGUGACCCACUGGAGUCCACUUCCCCAUGGACACUACCACCCUGAAGAUCAAGAGGCAGCAGGGACCCCAAGGGCUUUAUCUUAAAAUCCUGGCAGAGUGGACAGAGAGAAACAGCAAGAGAGUAAGCUAUGAUUGGGCCUGCAUUCACAAAUAGCUGUCACGUCAGUCACCCUGGGUUAGCUGUGUGAGCCAUGUAUGCCAAACAGGCAUACAUGCACGUGGGCACGUGUCUGUGUGUAGGCGUGCUUUGAUAUCUAUAGGCAGGCCUUCGGCAAAUGCCCUGGUCUCUGGUAGCCCUGGAAAACCAAGAGAACCCAUCUAAAAUCAUCUUGCAUCUGGAGCCUUAGUGAAGUCUUUGGGGUCCCU